AUGAGUGCUUCUAUAUUUGGGGGCAUGAUGAGCCAUCUGAGGGAUCUCGCGGCCAGAGAAAAGAGGUGUGCAGCAGCCGGACAUGUGCAGGGAGGAGUCUGUGAGCUGCUGAACAGUAAGAACAGACAAGUCGUUGUCGCAGAGACAGCGUUUGGUACUUCUGAAUAUGCAGAGCAACCAAGUCUAGGGCAACAUGUGAAUAGGAGAAGUAGGACAUUGUGUAUAGCACUGGAGUUAUGGUUAUCUACUUGGGCUUAUGACCGUGAGAGAAAUGACGGACUCUUAACAGGAGAUUGCAAGUAUGGGGAUUUUAGGAAGCUCAUGCAAGGGAAGGAGAGUCUGGAAUCUUGCAGGAAGCACAAAACAGUUGUAAAUUGGAAGGACUAUAUGAGCAGCCAAAAGUUGAAUAUGAAUCAGGGUUAUCAAAAGGAUCUUCAGUUGUGUAUGGAACUGGUAAGAAUAAUAUACAAUAAGUUAAAGUUAACACAAACCGGAACCACAAUCAAACUCCGCAUCCCGGCAGGACGAAAUAUAUGUAGGGAAAUUUACCAGGAACUAGCCAACUGGGGUGGUCAAGGGAUUGCCAAAGAAGUCAUGGCAAGUUGGUUUAAUAGUGAAGGAUUCGGGACGGGACGGGGGAGGAACCUGAAGUUAAGUGGCACCGAUAUAUUUGAAGUGAUAACGGAAGAUCUGAUGGGGGACGAUGCAGGAGUGAAAGACUUACUGUGUAAAUAUGAGGGGGAACUGAGGGGCAAUGAGGACUUAAAAAUAGACAAAAUAACAAGUGACGGAACACAGGAUACUAGCUGGGAGAACAGAAUAGAAGGGAUGGGAGAACACUCGGGGCAGGGCCUAAGAUUCGAGGAAAUUGUUGAGGCCUACAUACAGAAAACUCCCUUGGAGACGCCGAAGGCUGACCCCGGAGAAGUGGGGAUUAACCCUACGGCAGACAGUGGCGGAUCUGGAGUCGCUUCAUGGGGUUGGCCAAUUGCGGGGGGAACGCUGGGCGUGAUAUUGAGUGGUCUCAGUGUGUGUGGCUUAAGUCGGAUAUUCAAAUCAGGGACGGGGCCUCGUCACUCGGGAGGGUUUCGAGUCAGUGCCAAGAGGAGGGUGAGGUAUACGCCUUAG